CGGCUCUGAUAUAUAGGUUUCUACCUUUGCUGGUAUUUGAAACUAAACAUUGUCCGGAGAAUAAAACGGCGUGGUUAGAGGCAUCAAAAAGAUUGAACUGUACAUAUGAUAUCAAAAAUAUCAUAGGAAGAUAUCACUGUGUUCCUGACGAAUAUAGAGCAACACUCCUUGAAUUCUGUUACGACAGAGGAAGAAUAUUAGUUCAAGAAGGAAAUUGUUUGGAGCUUCCCAACAGCAGGACAUUAAAUAACGUAAAGUGUUCUGGGAUAUUCAUGAAAGGAUGUCCGAAGAAAGCCUACUACAGUGAUGAAAUGUAUAAUAAUUUGGAUUGCCUAAGCAUUAACAAGGCCAGUAGAUGUUUUACCUCAGAUCCCUCAUGUCCUGUGCCAGAGUCAGAAUAUUCUGGGACUACAGGAACGACAACAUCCUCUUCGUCUAUAUCAACCUAUUCCACAAAGAACACUGUUUCAUCUGAUGAAACUUACAACCAUUACCCCACAUCUGGAAUUGUUGGCUGGAUUGUUGCGAUCAUUUUAAUAUUCGCCAUUAUUGCUGCAGCAACAUAUAAAUUUAGAAGAAAAAUCCUCCAGAGAUGUCCAUGCAAACAGCCACAAAACAAUACAGAAGAUUUGGAAGCUAAGGAUAAAAUGAUGCCAGCUCCAGAGAUCUCUGAAGAACAACAGAGAGGAACUCAACCCUAUGUGGCCCAUACAGAUAGUUUGGAUGAAGGCUCUCCAUGUGUGGUUGCAGCAGAAGAUUUGGAAGCUAAGGAUAAAAUGAUGCCAGCUCCAGAGAUCUCUGAAGAACAACAGAGAGGAACACAACCCUAUGUGGCCCAUACAGAUAGUUUGGAUCAAGGCUCUCCAUGUUUGGAUGCAGAUGAUGAACAUUCCGACAAUGAAAGUGUGGUAUCUGAACAGCCCAAUCGAGAGGAUUCUGUGACAAAAGCCUCUCCUUCCUCUACGCCAGAUAAUCAAAUGAUCAAAUCAACAGCCUUAAGAGGAGAUACCCCCUGUCUUAUUCAGUUUGGAAAUGUUGGUAGCUUUAGGUCCAGUGCUGGGACAGAAACACCUCUCUCUUCACCUCAUGAAGAUGGUCCAAGGAAUAAUGAGGAAGAUAUCGUGUUUUUCACCCCAGAACAACAAAUAGUUAAAUCGUCGACCCUUGGAAGAGAUAUUUCCGGUAUUUUCCAGUUAAGAAAUAUAGGUACAUUUGAAUCCAGUAUAAGACAAGCCCCUAUGGACAUAUCAUUGGACAAUGAAAUAUUGAUGAUUGUGAGUCCAAGGAAAAACGGAAAUACCAGUUUUUCUUCGACUGGAACACCUUUUCCACUUGUGCGAAUAUGUAGUGCAAAAGACUUAUAUAAACCACAAGGCGAUUUCCACGAAGAGAAACGCAUGGUAGCAGCAAUCGAUUUUGGAACUUCUUAUUCCGGUUACUCAUAUUCCUUGUACCGUGAUUUCAAGGAUAAUCCAAAUCUCAUUCAGAUCAAACAAUGGAAUGUCAAUAGAGCGAGUAAGCCAUCACCUAAGACACCAACAACUUUACUUUUAGAUUCAGACCUAGAGGUGAAGGCUUUUGGAUACGAAGCAGAGGAACAAUACAUGGAUUUAGCAGAAAACGAUACCCAUCAUGAUUACUAUCUUUUCGAAAGGUUUAAAAUGAUGUUAAAGGAAAAGGAAAAGGAACUUGGAUCUCCCAGUACAGUUUUGCUAGAUAAGACUGGGAAGAAGCUGGAAGCUUUAAAGAUUGUUGCAAAAGCUAUCAAGCAUCUGAAGUCAGCUUUGAUUCUUGACUUUAGGCAGCACACCAACCAGCACAAGGACCUACAAAUGUGUAUACACAAUAUCCACUGGGUGUUAACUGUACCAACUAUGUGGGGAAAGACACAGAAUGAAUUCAUGUGUGAAGCAGCAAAAAUGGCCGGAAUUUCAAGACAGAAUUUGAUACUCACUGAUGAGGCGACUGCAGUUGCAUAUUUUUGCAAAUACUUACCAUUGGAUAGAAUGCAGGGAUCGUCUAAUGUGUCUUACUUAAAACCAGGAACCAAGUACAUGGUUCUAGAUGCAGGAGGUGGCACAGUCGACAUAACUGUUCAUGAAAUCAAAUUUGAUUUUAAUCUGAAAAAACUCGGAAAGCUUGGAGGCCCGUUUGGUGGUACUCGAGUCGACCAGUCAUUCAUGGCUGUAUUGGAAGAAAUACUCGGAAAAGAUUUUCUCAUAUACUUUUCAAAGAAACACACUGCAGACUAUUUAGAUUUUCUACAGCAAUUUGAAUAUAAAAAGAGAAGAGUGGAAGUUUCAUUUUCAAAAAUAUUUUCUUUGCGACCUCGCAUGACCUUCAGCGACGAGUAUGAAAAUAAAUUCGGUACAUCCAUCGGCGAGGCUGUGAAAAUUUCACAAUACAAUAAGCUUUUAAUCUGGAACGGAGACAAAUUAACAAUAGAUAAAACUUUGGUUGCUGAGCUUUUUAAAACCUCAUUUGAAGGAAUUGUUAGCAUGGUAAAGAAACUAUUGGCAAAGCCAAAUGUAAAAGGUACACAAAUUAUUAUUAUGGUUGGUGGCUUUUCCGAGUCUCCAUACUUACAAAAUAAAAUUCGAACGGAAUUUCAAUCUCCUCUCUAUCAUGUGCUUAUUCCUGAUGAACCAAGUUUGGCAAUUCUAAAAGGUGCGGUGAUAUACGGACACCAAGAUUCAAAUUAUCAUUUACGACAAAUGUGUGGAGGAUAUAGUUCAAGUUGAUGAAGCAAAUUAAGCCAAGCCUUUAACACUGCCUUUCAUCUUAAAGUUGAUGAAAUAUUGAUAAAUGAGGUUAUUUACAACUGAUUUUGUAUUACUUUUUAUUUUACACAACUGUUUUAAAAGAAAAUGUACUCAAAACUGAAUUAUUUUCAAUUUCAGGAAUUGAAUUUUUUGGUACUUUUUUCUAUUAUUAGAUAGGUGCAUAAAAAUUAAGUUUGAUACUUAGUAGCAUACGAUUUGGAUCUCAACCAUUGUUUAUAUCUCACCGAGUUUUGGGCACCUUGUGCCUCGUUACGCAACUGAAUUUGCAUAGUUUUUUUAAGACUGAUCAUGCAGUAGUUGGUGACGUUUUAAUAUGUCUCAAAUUUAUUUAUGUACAAGAAAUGACAGUAACAUAUACAUUACACCUUUAGAUUUACUAUUUGUAAAACAUAAUCCACCAUUUCAAUACAAAAAAGUACAAACAAUUGAGACUCAUAGCUUAACCAAUUCAGCUCAUUAAUUUACUAAGUACUCAUGUAAACUUUAAGAUGGGCUUGGUCCUUGUUUUGAUCAAGCAAAAGUUGUAAUAUGUUUCUUAUUUAUAUUUUACAAUUCAUAAUUUUUUAUUCAAGUAAUAAGAUUUGUGGAUUUACAAAACUGCUGCAUUAUCUUUAUGUAAUGGCAUUCAAACAGUGAACUUUAUUUUUUUUUAGGGUUAUUGAAAACAGUUCAGUGUAUGAAGUCUGUAUAGAUGGAGUAAAAGUUGAGAAUUACUUAAA